AUGGCGCAGGACCGGCAUACGAGAACUGCAAUAGUCGACGUCUGCGGAGAAGACCUGGUGAAAGAGAACAAGGAGAGUGAAGAACUGAGUGAAACAGAGGAGAAACAUCAUCAUAACAGUGAGAACAAGAGUGAUCCAGAACCCUGCAGAAUGGAACAUGAACAUGCUGAAGAACAAAUAGACCUAAUGGAAGAGAAUGAAGAGAGUGAAGAACUGAGUGAAGCAGAGGAGAAACAUCAUGCUGUUAAAACUGGAGAAAAAUCUUUGAGUUCCUCACAGACUGAAAGUAAUUUAUUGAAAAGAAGAGCCAAAACAUCUUUAACCUGCCCUCAGUGUGGAAAGAGUUUUGCAUACAAACAAAGUCUUAAAGUUCACAUGAAAAUCCACACUGGAGAGAGGCCACACACAUGUGAUCAAUGUGGGAAGAGUUUCACACAAAAAUCCAGACUUAAGGAGCACAUGAAAAUCCACACUGGAGAGAAGCCGUACAUAUGUGAUCAGUGUGGGAAAAGUUUCAGUAAGGCAAACACCUUUAAAUUACAUCUGCGUUAUCAUUCUGGAAAAAGACCCUAUACCUGUGAUCAGUGCGGUAAAGAUUUUUUUAGGACAGAUGCCCUGAAGAACCACUUGAAAGUUCAUACACAGGAGAAGCCUCACAUUUGUUCUUUGUGUGGAAAGAGUUUUACUGAGCUGGCUGCUUUAAAAAAACACCAGAAAAGACACAGCGGUGUGAAGAAUCAUAUGUGCUUUGAUUGUGGAAAUACUUUUUUUGAUAGUGCUCAACUGAGACGGCACCAGAGAACUCACACUGGAGAAAAACCUUACAAGUGUUCACACUGUGACAAGAGUUUCAGUCAGUCAGAACAUCUGAAAACACACGAGAGGGUCCACACUGGAGAGAAGCCUUUCUCGUGUGAUCAGUGUGGGAAGUGCUUCGCACGAAAAGGACACCUUAAGGGCCACAUGAAAAUCCACACUGGAGAGAAGCCGUAUCACUGCCCUCAGUGUGGGAAAAGUUUCGCUUGGUUAAAUUCUCUACUCAAUCAUACAAAAGACAAAUGUCUGAAAUCAGAUUAA